AUAUAGUAGGGAUAUUUAUAAUUUAUCUGUUCACAUGAAGAGACAACCAUGAUGAGUGUGCUUCCUAUGAUGCUGCAUAACAGGACGACUAAUAAUAAUAACAGCCAUGUAGUGAGAAGAAAAACAACAAAACAUUUUGUUGCUAUCAACCAAAGUUGGGCUAAUAACAACAACAGCAAUAACAACUGUUUUACUGCAACAGCAGCUCAAACUAAUUUGACCUCCAUCGUCAGUCAGAAUCAACCAAAUUACUACAACACAACCAAGCCAAAGGGACUACCUUCAUUGUUAUUGUGAAACAAAAUUAACACCACAGCCAUAUAUUACGUACAUUUUCUACAUACACGGUUAUUAUACGUGACCGUUUAUUAAUUAUUAUUGUUUGAUCUUACACAAAAAACGAAUAAUCACCAUCAUAAUCAUCGUUGUAAUUAAUACUACUACCACACACACACACACACACACGUACGCGCGUGCACACACACGUACGCGCGCGCACACACACUAUAUAUAUAUAUAUACAUAUAUAUACAUAUGUAUAUAUAUGUAUGUAUAUGCAUAUGACCAUAUUUUUAACCCCACUGGAGCCAAAGUAAGUGACGAUGCUUGCCAUCAGUAAAAAAAGACGACUAUUUUACUUUCUAGUCGCUCAUUACACGGCCAUUCUGUGGCUUUCCAACUCUACUGGUGUCGGUAUUGCCUAUGGAUCAAAUCAAGGAGAUCAGUGUACGAGCAAUAGUAACUGUUCAUAUGGUGCAACUUGUAAAAAUAAUGUCUGUGAGUGUGACAUCGAAUGUCAUGAGAGCCCGUCUUCGGAUGGCGAAGUCUGUGCUUCGGAUGGCCGAGUUUACAAUAGUGAGUGUGAGAUGAGGAGAGAGGGCUGUGAAAAGAAUAUUGAUCUCAUUCUUCAUGACUAUUGUCCUAACCCUACACGAGGUCCAGAUAUUUUAUGCACUGCAACAUCUUGCCUCUUUGAUGGUGUCUGCAAAGAAUUUGAAAAUGGAGAUAAGCGAUGUACAUGUUCACAUGACUGCAGUAAUGAACCUACGUCACAAAUUUGCGGCACAGACCAUAAAAUAUAUGCAAAUGAUUGCUUAUUAAGAAAAGAAUCGUGUGAACUGCAAACUGCAAUAAACAAAACUCAUAUGGAUUUUUGUGAAUUGUGUUCAAGUAUCGAGAUAAAAAACAAAAUUGAGAACUUCAAACAAUUAGAGCAUUGUUCUGUGAUAGAAGGGUAUUUGCGCAUUAUUCUUUUGGAUUACAUGAAACCUGAGGAUUAUCAAAACAUGCGCUUCCCCAAAUUAGUUGAAAUCACAGACUACUUAAUAAUGUAUCGUGCCUAUGGACUUAAAACUCUACGUGACCUUUUCCCAAACUUGAGUGUUAUUCGGGGUCAGGAGCUUUUCUACAAUUAUGCUCUGGUUGCAUUUGAAAUGCCUGAUCUAGAGGAAAUUGGUUUGAGCAGCUUAACUGUUAUUCAACGAGGAGCUGUUCGUUUCAAUAAAAGUCCCAACCUUUGUUACUUAGAAACCAUAGACUGGACUAAAAUCACUUCUGAAGGUUCAAAUGAGGCCCAUUCCAUUGCUGAUAAUAAGGACCCACGAGAAUGUGUUGACCAAUGUCCUCAUACUUGUGAUCAUUGCUGGAAUUCCAGGGAGUGCCAAAAGAAUAUAGAUUGCCUUUGUGAAAAUCGAAAAGGCUAUUGCCAGCAGAAUGGUUCUUGCUGUCAUGAAAAUUGCCUUGGUGGCUGUAGAGGACCAACAGCUAGAGACUGCCUUGCUUGCAGACAUGUUUAUCAUGACAAGGAGUGUAAGAGAACUUGCCCACCAAACACCUACAAGUUCAAAAACCGCCGCUGCCUCACUGAAAGAGAAUGUAGAUCGGUUGCAUAUAAUUUCAAGUUAUUGGAAGCUAACAUGACUACUAACAGGACAGCCCUUUGUACCGAACAUUGCCCUGUCGGAUAUAUUGAAAACCCAGAUGAUCCAAAUAGGUGCCUGAAGUGCAAAGCCAGAUGUCCAAAAAAAUGUCCUGCCAAAGAAGUGAAGAGUAUCUCAUCUAUCCAAAGUCUAAAAGAUUGUACUGAAAUAACAGGAGAAUUGAUUUUACAACAUCUUAAUGGUGUUCUUGCUCAAGAACUGGAAGCAAAUCUUGGGCAAAUUGAAGAAGUUCACAAUUUCAUAAAAAUUACCAGGUCAGAUGGUUUAGUAUCUUUGUCAUCUUUCAAAAGCCUGAAGGUUAUACACGGCAAGAAACUGGAAGAUGAUAGAUAUGCUCUCUACCUCAGAGAUAAUGAAAACAUUGAAGAGCUAUUUUCUAAAGAUGUAGAAAAGAAUCUGGUUAUAAAGCGAGGCAAGGUGUUUUUCCAUGAUAACAGACGUUUGUGCCAACACAAAAUUCGAGAACUAAUGAAUUAUACCAAAUUGAAUGCUUCCAACCAUACAGAGCAUGACAUAUCUACCUCCAAUGGUGAUCUUAUUCCUUGUCAGACCAAAAAUUUGAACCUCACUAUUAUAUCAACUGCUUCAGCAUUUGCGAUUUUGAAAUGGAACAGGUUUGAAAUGGAUGAUUCUCGAGAAAUGCUUGGUUAUGUUAUAUAUUAUCGUGAAGUAGCCGAUAAAAAUGUUCCACUUUUUGAAAAACAAGACCUUUGCAUUGAUAGAUUAUGGAAAACAGUUCAAAAGCCGAAAGACCGUAAAGAGCCCAAAGAUAAUCAAGAAUUUCAUGUACUUACUGAACUUAAACCAUGGACACUUUAUGCCACUUAUUUAAAGACUGAUACUCUCUCUACAGCCAAGUCAACCGGAAUGAGUGAUGUUGAAUAUUUUAGAACAACGACUGGUGUUCCUACCAACCCAACAAACCUGAAAAUAACUGCGAAAAGAGUUGGAGAGCUGAUAGUUUCAUGGGACCCACCAAAAGAACCUAAAGGAGAAGUAGAUCACUACUUUGUUUACUGGCAGUCUGAAGUUCUUAAUGUUGCAGACUACAGUAUUCGAGACUAUUGUGAAAAUCGGUUAAAACCAACUGCAAAACAAGAUGAAAAAAGAAAACCGAUAGCUAAUGAUACCUUCAAUGAAAACUGUUGUGAAUGUCCAAAAGAUAAAAAAGUUGAUAAAACUGAAGAGUCUGAAAGACAAAUGCAGAUCUUCUUUGAGAAUUUCCUACACAAUAAUGUCUUCGUUAAGAGACCUCCUGAUGUCUCCCUAUCAGACGAUUCCCAUAAUCGACAUCGGCGAGAGGCAGUGAUUGAGGACCCUCACGCAGCUGGUAAAUAUUUACCAGCACACAACAAUUUCAGCCGACCCAAUGCUUCAAGACAGAGUACUGAGCGACCUUUCCUUGCAAUGGCUGUCUAUAACAGCAGAAGUGUUGUGAUUGGGAAUCUUGCACAUUUCCAGGAAUACAAUAUAGAAGUUAUUGCUUGUCAUAAAUCCAAUGAAAAUGGCAAAUAUUGCAGCAACAGAGCUAUUGUGACAGCCAAAACCUUACCACUAGAAAUUGCUGACCACAUCAAUAGUUCUUCAGUGAAUGCCACUCUAAUUGUCAAUGGCACAGGUGACAUGCUUAUUAGUUGGGAUCCACCUGCUUAUGUAAAUGGUUUAAUUGUCACCUAUGAAGUAGCGUACAAGAAAGCAGCAAAAAAAAAUAAAGACGAUUCGAUUGUUUGUAUUACACAACGUGAAUAUCAAAUAACUCGAAGUUGUCGUCUGCAAAAGUUAGAUGCUGGCAACUAUUCCUAUCGCAUACGAGCUACUUCUUUAGCUGCUCUCGGAAACUGGACAGAAUACAAGUUUUUCCUUGUGCCUGAAAGACCAGGUUCACCACCCCCACUCAACACCAUAAUGAUAGUAAUAAUUACAUUACUAAGCGUCCUGGUCACUGUACUUAUAUUCACUACUAUUUGUGUCCGAUAUGGUAUCUGUAGCCGGGGUAAGGGAGCCUCUUAUGUUUCUGUCAAUCCAGAGUAUGCUAGUGCUCGUGAAGUUUAUGAACCUGAUGAAACUGAACUGGAUCGAGAUAUGAUUAGUCUAAUUAGAGAACUUGGUCAAGGUUCUUUCGGUAUGGUUUAUGAAGGUAUCCUCUUUACAAGUGGAGACGAUGAAAAAGGUAUCACAGUUGCAGUAAAGACAGCAAUGUCUGCCGAUCGCCAUAGCUUUUUAAAGGAAGCUACAGUUAUGAAGUCAGUAUUUGGUGAAGAAAGCUCUUCUUCGGGCAGCAGGAUAAUUGGUCUGGAACCACACACUCCUGGCCUGAGAGGGCAUUGGGAAACUUUUGAACCACCUUCUUUAAAAGGGUUUGGAUGGGACCUGGAACCAACCUUGCCCGAUGACGAGGAAUACGAUGGUCGUAAACCCCUAACACUACAUCAGACUUUGUGUAUGGCUGUAGAAGUUGCUGACGGUAUGGCUUACUUGGCUGAUAAAAAGUAUGUCCACCGAGAUUUAGCUGCCAGAAAUUGCAUGGUAUCACUAGAUUCCGUUGUGAAAAUUGGAGACUUUGGUAUGACGAGAGAUAUUUAUGAAACAGAUUAUUAUCGCAAGGGCGGUAAUGCCUUGUUACCUGUUCGGUGGAUGGCACCAGAAUCAUUGAAGGAUGGCAUUUAUACAAGUCUUUCUGACGUCUGGUCCUAUGGAGUGGUCAUUUGGGAAAUGGCAACGUUAGCUGCGAUGCCAUAUCAAGGCUUGUCAAACUCAGAAGUGGUGAAAUUCGUUUCAGAUGGCAAAAUAAUGGAAAAACCAGAAGGCUGUCCAAAACGCCUUUAUUCAUUAAUGCUGAUGUGUUGGCAGUACAAACCCAAGCAAAGACCUUCUUUCAAAGACAUAAUAAAAGCUUUGGAGCCUGAACAAUUUCCAGAGUUCCAAAAUGUAUCAUAUUACAACAGUGAAGAAAACAGACAUCAUAUGGAAGAAGAGGCAAUGGCAAAAAAAAUGAGGGGUGAAGAUGAAGAACAAUACAAACCACUGUAUAAAAAUAUCAGUACUUCAAAGGAUUUAUAUACUGAAUUACAUUCAGAUAUGUCACAGAGCAGUACAGCGGAAGCGUUGGAACUCCAGGUCAUUCCGUCAGAGGCUGAUCCUCUCGCAUCGACUUCAGGACAAUUGUCGAUGUCUGGUAUAGGGGGUUCAGGAGAGGUCAGCUGCGGCCUAAGACGGAGUUCAAGCUCACUUAGUGCUAAUCUCCCCGAGGAGGAAUCAAAUAAAAAUGGCAAUUCAAGAAUUUCCCACAAAAAUGGCAUUGCCAAUGGACACAUACAAUCACAGAUGACAAGGACGCCUGUAUGCUAGCAUUCUAUCAUGCUCUCAAAAAAAAUAAUAAAAACAACACACACAAAACAAAAAAACAUUUACAUCAUCUAUAAAAAAAAAACAACAAAAAGAAGCAAUUUUUUUUUCUUUUUGUUUGAACAUUUCUUUUCAUUUUCUUGCUAUAUACAUAAGUUAAUAUACGUGUGUGAACAGACAUACAUACAUGUAUGCAUAUUUAUGCAUGUGACCAUAUAUAUAUAUAUAUAUAGAUAUAGAUAUAUAUAUAUAUGUGUGUGUGUGUGUAUGUGUAUAUAUAUGUAUAUGCACAGCUAUGUAUUAGUAUGUAUGUAUAUAUUUUUGGUCUUAUAUUUUGUUGUCUUCCCCCUCCUAUUUUUUUUUUCAUUUAUAAUUGUUUUAUUACUAUUUUUAGAUAUCGUAAUAUUUUAACUUAAUUUUUAAUAAGUUGCAAUUUUUUUUUUUUUUUUAAUUCUAAGUACCAAAAUGAAAUUUACAUGUGUGCAUAUGUAUAGGUGUUCGGACGGAUGCAAGUGUGUGUAUAUAUAUGUAUAUAUUAUGUAUGCAAGAGUUUGUAAAUUACUGACUAGAAUGGUAGGGAGGAGGGUGGAAACAAGGAACAUAGGAGCUUGCAAAAAGUGAAAUCUUUCGUUUUUUGCCUCUAGUUCUCUCCAUUCUUGCUUUGUAACUCAGAUUUUCAGAGAAGAGGCAGGUGUCAUGCUGAAAGGGAUAUUUUGAGUGUUGAAACGAUUUGAUUGAGGACAUGAAAACAUGAUGGAGCUGCAAUUAGCUAUGAAAGAAUAAAUGUAUAACAUCACAACAUGUUGUGAUUAUUAUUAUUAUUAUUAUCAUUAUUAUUAUUAUUAUUAUUAUUAUUAUUAAAGUGGCGAGCUGGCAGAAUCGUUAGCACACCGGGCAAAAUGCUUAGCAGCAUUUUGUCUGUCUGCCUUGCGUGUUCUGGGUUCAAAUUCCGCUGA